CGAAAAUGAUGUGGUUCCUUUUGGUAGCGUGUGUGUUGCAGAUUCAUGGCAUAUCCUCACAGCAUUUAAAAUCUGACGAUUGCUGUCCUUGCUCUCCAGAAAAUAGUUUCUCCAGUAGUAACGUUUUGAACAAAGAUCAUGUCUCUGGGAAUUGUCCUUGUAGAGAUGCGGAUUCUGAACCCGCUUCCUCUAUAUUUAGACCAAGUUUUAAAACAGCUACCAAUGCCAGGCAAGUCGAUGGAAAGGAGGAGCCAAAGCCACUUUUAAAUCCGGAAGUCGGCCUCGCGUCUUCUGUUUUAGAAACUUUACGUGAAGUUUCUGACCAAGAAUACCAAGAUGCUCUGGCAAGAGAUGUUGCGAGGAGUGCUUUAAGAUCAAUGAACACAAAUGCUGAGGCAGAUGAAACUGGCGAUGAAAGCAAAAAUGUUGUUAAGAUUAUAUUAGGUCCUAGACAUAACACAGAUAUGGACACCAUAUCUGAACCGUCUCACAACCACGAAACCCGCUGCAUACACCCAUCGCCAGGACAAGAAAACGUAUUUGAACAAUACCAAGAACAGCCACAAAGAAAAUUAUAUAAGCACUUCAUCCUGAGUAAGCCAGUUGUAGGUUUACAAAAAAAUAUUUUUGACAUGGACAAUAGCCCCAGCGACAUUCAAGAAAGCGUAGUGACAGUUAGACCCAGUGUAUUAGAUAAUAUAAAAAUGAAGACAGAUCUAUUGAAAUCAAAGUUAUUUUUAAACAAUGAGGGAUUAACACAAAGAAACGAACCUAAAAUAUCUUUUGAUAAGGUAAUUUAUAAGCCAGUAAUAAAGUUGCCCGACUUCAAUUUGGCUUCUCCCUUGGAGCAUUUUAAGAAAUCAAAGUUAUUUGAUUCAUACAAGACCCCCUCACCUGCCGUGAUGACAAAAGACAAUUCUUUAUAUAAAAGCGUCAACAUAAAUGGAAACAGUGAUCUUAUAUCACCGCAGCAACAAUCGCAAAGUAGAAAAUUGGAUGGAAAUGAAAAAUUAUUACCACAAUUUAAUUCACUUGCAUCCAAAGAAGCUCGCAAAUCUAUAAAAAGUGCGGAUUCUUUUAUUAGUGAUGAUUUUAAUACCGAUAAUACAAUAUUGAAACCAGUAUUAGCAUUGCGUGAUGACUGUGAUCCAUCACGAACCUGGUUACAGAUACAAACUACUACUGAAAAAAGUGAAUGUGUUGAGGUCAAUAGUUUGCCAUCAAGUGUUUCAGAGGAAAAAAGUACAGAUAUUUUAUCAACAGUUCCAAGCCCUUCGGAAUUAAUUGGAGAUGAAAACAACGCUAUGAAAGAUGGUGACAAUGAACUUAGUGAAAAUUGUGAACCAAAUUUAAACAGUAAUCCAAAUCCAGAACGCAACGUUGUCGAUGAAGAUAAUGAAACUGAUUUAAGAGCUAGUGCUGAUCAAACGACUGAUGACAUGACGAACGAGCUACUUAUUAAUGGGGACAGAGACGAAAGAAAAGAAGAGGAUUCCGGAAAUGAAUGCAUCGUAUCAGAAAACACUAAGAAUAAAGAAAAUUCUAUUGGUGUGGAAGUUUUAAAUGACUCGAUGGAGGAAAAUAAAGAAAAUAAGGAUAUGAUGGAUGAUUCUGAAUCCGCUGCCAAUACAGAUAGGAAAAUGAAUGCGAUAUCUAGUAUCCCAGAGUUAAAAGAAGGCAUAAGAAACAAUCUAAAUGAAUUAAGAAAAGCAAACGAGAAGUGGCAAGAAAAGAUGAAACUUAAUGUUCAUGAUACUUUGAACCGAAUUAAUAAAAAAAAUAAUAUUGCUAAAUCUCCAAAUACGCAGUCAGAAUCCCUGAAGGAUAAUGAUUCACAAAAUGCGUCUGAAAUAUUGCAGGAAUUCGACGGCGACAGUGAAGCACAUGCUUCAAAUAAUUGUAAAACACCUGCUGAAGAUUUUGAUGAAUUUAAGGAUCAUCCAGUAACUGAUAGUAUAAAAGAAAAAUAUAAUACCGAAUAUGUAGGAAGUGAACCACAAAAUUUAAACGAACAUAUUCCUAAAAAUGUUGAUGAAACUAAUGAAUGUAAAAUUCACGAAGAAAAGACUAGCAAUCUAGAUACAAAAUUAGACUCAGUAAACAACGAAGACAGCGAAAUGGAAGUUCAGGCGAGUGAAUCAAAGCAAAGGAAUGCUAAAAUAGAUCUAGAUAAUUUAAGGUAUGUGAAACAGGACAUUAAUGACGAAGCCAAUAAUUUAAAUAAUGUUGGAAGUUCGUUUUUACAAGCUAAUAACUUUUUUGACGACGUUAAGUCAAAACUUACAAAUGUGUUUGGGAAAACAAACGAAAAUAUAUUUAGUGGAUUUGUAUCCAACGCAGGAAACGUGGAUAGGACUGAUUCAAGAGGAUUUAUAAAAGAUCGUGUUAUAGACUUCACUAAACCUCUUCUGAAUUUAGAUAAAAGUACUGAUUUAUUUAAGAAUGCACCGGAUGAUACAGAAACGAAAAGACAUAGUAUUAAGUCAUUUAAUUCGAAUCUACAACCUUUCAAAGCAAGAGUUGCAAUCCCAGAGUCCCUUGAUAUAAAACCAAGUUUAACACGAGCUGGAAAUACAAAAGAAAUGAGCCAAAAAUUGUAUAAUUCACAAAAAAUACUUCCGAAAACAUACGCUUCUCGGAUAUAUUCGCAAAAUUCGGAUGAAAAGUCGGGAGAUGAACGACUAUUUUACAAAGAAUCAGACAUCGGUAGCCUUAAUUCAGAAUCAACAAUCCUAUCACCUAAGACAUUUAAAAAUACCUUACAAUUCCCGACAUCCAAAAAUCUUUUGUCGAGUAACUUAAAAGGCCGACCUGAUGGAGCUUUAAAGAAUAUACAUGAUACGUUGGGGAGUUCUCUGAGAUCAAUGCCAUUCAAUCAUGAUGAUUUACUUGAAACGAUGGCCAGUAAAAGAAACGAACUCAACGAAAGACUCAAAUCCUUAAACUACGAUUUAAAUGACAGAUUGUCCUCGCUUUUGCCUUCAUUUAGAGUCCAACCUCUAACGCAGAACAGAAUAACUUCCAAAAACAGGUCCGAUGUUAGAAAUAAACAAGCUUUGGAUAAUUUAAGAAAUUUACCGUUCACCAAUAACGUCUCAUCGAGAUCUAAACUGAAUACAUUAUCGAGAAAAAGUAAUGCUGAUUCGGUCGCAUUUAAACCUUUAAAAAAAUCAGUUAAUGUGAGAGAUCGCCUAGCCGACCUCAAAAUACUAAGACUACGUGAUGAACAAAGUUUAAAAAGGCCCACAUCUGCUAAGUCUGUAUUUACAUCACCAGUGGAAUCUAAAUCUUCACGCACUGCAAGCAGAACUAUGAAACCUGCAUUACGUACGGAUAGCAAAAUUAUUUCCUUGACUCCACCUACUUCUCCCAAAACCUCGCUUCCAAGGUUAAAAACUGUUAAAUCUUCUGAAAAACAACCUUUUGCUCUAUAUAAUAUGGAGAAAAGACCAAUUAUUUCAAAACUUAAGUCUAGUGAACCAUUUACCUUGGCUAGCGAAAAUACAAUGUCCAGAGCACCCUUUCACCGUACGGCAGUUGCAGACAAAUCAGCCUUAGAUACUUCAUCAAGUGACUUGGAUGCACGAUCUCUUCACAAAACAUCGAAACAAGACGUGGGAAAAAAUAUAGCCAUUUCAAAAUUGAAAGAAGUCUUAAAAGCGAGAAGUUUUAAUAACGAUUUACAAAAACCAAAAGUUAUUGAUGACGUCAUCCCAGCAGCAACCGAAGUUGAGGAUCCGAAGACAGGAAUCUUGAGACAAAAUGUACAGUAUAAAUGUAAGAUGGUUUGUACAAAAGAUAAUUAAAAGGAUAUGAACGAAUUAUUCUCAUAAAAAUAAAUAAAAUCUUAACAUACUAUAUGUAAAUAAGUUAUAGUAUAAGUAGAAAUGUUAAUAAAUGUACAAAAUAAAGUGUCAGA